UUGCAGGGGCAUGCAUCUCGUCGGUGAUUAGACUAGUGCAGUGUGAAACGUUUCACAUCUUUGUAUGAUAUGAUAUAAAUUUUCCCCUCGGAAAAAGUGGGAUGCAUUUAGGGGGGUGGUGUUUUUAACACCUUUAUACUAGGAAAGAGCAGAUGGCGCUCAUUCUCGAGGCACAAAUUCACGAGUCGUGAAUCACGACCCUUUGAGAAUAAGGGCAUGUCCACUAAUGUCCAGUUUUCUCUACUAUCUGUAGUCAUUGAUAUCAGUUUAGUUUAUUGAUUUACAUACCAAUGCACCAAUACAUGAGAGAUAUGCUUAUCUGACAUACAAAUAAAAGUCUUAGUAUUUAUAAAUGUAAAAAUUAGAUGCAUGGAAUUAAAUUGCAUGCAUUGGAUCAGUCUUUAAAAAUGAUUAAAACGUUUAUAUUCUUUGAUCUGGAAACAACCGGAUUAAUUGAAAGAAAAGUUAUGCCCAAGAUCAUAGAACUAUCAUUAAUUGCAGUGUCAAGAAAUGCUAUAUGUGAAACUAUGGAUCCUUUACCAAGAGUUUUACAUAAGCUAGUUUUGCCAGUACAUCCAAAUACAGAUAUUUCUAAAUUAAUUCAUAAUUUAACAGGUUUAUCAAAUAAAAAUUUAGAAGAAGUUCAAUAUUUUAACUAUGAAGCAUGUAAUCUAGUUAUGAAUUUUAUAAAUCGACAGACACCACCAACUUGCUUUGUAGCAUACAAUGGAAAUAACUUUGAUUAUCCAAUAUUUUUAUCAGAACUUAAAAAUAUUAAUAAGGAUGUCAGUGGAGAUGUUCUCAGCAUUGACAUGCUUAAUCUAAUUAAAGAUUUUUUUUCACUGAAAGAAAACGCAAUAGAAAAUAGAAAUGACAUACAAACCACUUCCUCUAUGUCUAAUAAAGAGGAUAUUAAGAGUUUGUUAAAUGAUGGUUAUGAUAAAGCAUUAUGUGAUGCAUUAGAUUCUGUUAUGAAUUCAAGUUUUAAGAAGUAUAAUAAGAAUAACCAUGAAAAUAAAGAAAGUAAUUCUAGUGCUGCCAAUAUACUUAACACUCCAAAAACUAGUUGUUAUAAAAAAAUACAGAAAAUGAAUGAGAAAACACCUGAAAAUCAAGUUAUAAAAUCACAAGAUAUGGAUAAAUGUUUGCACAAGAGAAAAGAAAGCAUUGCAAGAAGAAAAUUACAUUUUACAAGUGGACAGCCAGUUAAUUUUAAAUUGUCUAGCGUUUGUAAACAUAUUUUUGGAACUGAUCCACAAAAUGCUCAUACUGCAGAAGGAGACUGCCUUAGUAUGAUACGUUGUGCAAUUCAAUUAGGGAACUAUUUUGUUGAAUGGGCAGAUUGUAAAGCAACACCUUUAAUUAACUAUGACAAAGAGAAAGAGUAACACAAUGUAUGUUACAUCAGUAACUUUUUUAAUGAUGUUUUCUAUACAAUAUUUAGAGCAUAUAAUUCUAUUUUACCUAGGAAAGAUGCAUGUGAUCAUUAUUACAUUUAUAAUUAUAAAUAUUCAUUAAAAAACCAUUUUAUCAAAAUUUUAUAAAAUUAUUACAAUAUACUUUUAGUAGUUUAUGAUAUCUGAAUUGUUAAAUAUAAUAGUUAAAAUUUCGAUACAAAAAUUAUCAUUUUAAGAUAAAACUAACAUUAUUUUAUAAACAAACUGCAAUCUAUAAAAUUAAGUCAUAAUAUUGAACAGAUCGAACCAUUUUCCUGUGGCUCGUCUCCUUUAUUUGAAGAACUGUAAGCAGGUAAGCUCAUGUGUAUUAGACUUUGUUUAGCAAUCAGCAAUUCCAUUUCAUGUUUGGUUACUGUAACAAUACAAAAAAAUAAUUUUAUUAGAAAUUUGGUGUAAAUAUUUAGAUUAAAGAUAUGCAUCCUUUAAUAAAAUACGAACUUACAAAUAUAUUCAGCUAAUAUAAAUUUGUUUGUCAUUAUAUUUUUUUCAAUCAUUUUUAUAAUGUUAUUCAUACGUGAAGAAAUAUUAAACAUUUCGAUGUGUUGAAUUUUUCCUAAUAAAUUAUAUCUAUCAUCCCAAAAAAAUGGUAUUUUGUGUUGUUCACAAGCCUGAUGUAGUUCUUUAAGCAUCUACAUAUGUAUAAAUACAAUUCAUAUAUAAAUGUAUCAUGCAAGCCUUAUGUAUUAAUUUUGUAUACAUUACCAUGUAGAAAAGUAAUGUUGAAGGUAUUUUGUCCAAAUCCAUUUCUGAUUUGUUUAACGUGUUUAAAAAUAAUGUUUCAAUGAAAUAACUGGCUAUGCUUUUCCAGUUCUGCAUGUCUCUCAAUUUCUGCAAGUACAAUAAUGUGAAGGUACUGUUCAAUUAUAUUAAAAAUUCAAUAUUCUUUACAUUGCAUAAACCUUCAUUUGACGUAUAAUAGGCUUUAUUCGGCCAUACUUCGAAAGAAGUUCUUUUUCUUGAUUGCAAAAAGAAAGUCUCCAAUGAGUUGCAUCAGAAUUAAUAUCUUUUAAAGGUAGUGGAAUUGCAUAACAUGUUUUAUUUUGAUACUGAAAAAAAAAAAAUUAUUUACUAUAAUAU